GGUUUUGGUCAUGUUUUUAGAUUUUUCAAUGAUUUAUUAUAAUUCAUUACGCCUACAUUAAAGUACACUUUGGAUUUCAUCAAUAAAUUCAGUCGAUGCCGGUGCAGAGGUUAUAAGUAAUGGCCGGGACAAUCAAAACAACUUAUUUGGUUGUCGGAGGAGGCAUUGGAGGAGUGACGUGUGUGGAGACCCUGGCCAUUUUACACCCUGAAGAACCUCUAGUAAUAGUUACUGCCUCAUCACUAGUGAAGAAUGUGAGCAACGUAAGCUUCUAUGCGAAAACUAUCGUCAAGUUUGACGUUCACGAAACUGAGGCCAGCUCCUUGAAAAAGAUUCACCCGAACCUAGAGAUUGUGUACGACUCAUUAAAGCACAUCGACUCUGGUAAAAAAGUAGCUAUCACUGACGGAGGAGUCUCUAUUCAUUACAAAGUGAUGUGCCUUUGUACUGGUGGAGUGCCUCGACUCAUUUCCGAUUCAGAGAAGUGCAAUCGUAUUUUAGGCAUAAGAGACACAGAAUCUGUGGUUGAAUUCCAGGAAAAACUUAAGAAUGGGAGGAAAAUGCUUGUCGUUGGAAAUGGAGGGAUAGCAUCAGAGAUCAUUCAUGCGACAGGGGGGAUACAGAAAGUGUGGGUGGUGAAAGAUGACUACAUAUCAGCUACGUUUAUUGAUCCAGGUGCUGCAGAAUUUUUUCAAAACACAUUUAAACAGGAGCCCUUAGGUAAAGGAGAUAACCCAACGGUUCUCAGAAGACAUGUCUUCUCUGAGGAAGAUACACUAGUGUCCCUGAACAAGGACUUGAAGUCAGCUGCCCUCGGACCAGACUGGUACAGAAAGUUGGAAAAUACAAAAAGUGCGAAUGGAACACAAGAAUUAGAAGUAAUUUACAAAGUUGAAGUGGCAACUGUAAGGGAAGUAAACAAAGAGUAUCCUCUAGAAGUGGUUCUUACAAAUGGCAGAACUAUAGACUGUGACUUUGUAAUAUCAGCUACUGGUGUGGAACCGGCUGUAAACUUCACAAGUGAUGUUAUUCCAAAAAAAGGCCCAGAUGGUGGUUUAGAAGUGAAUGAUAUGCAAGAGACCUCUGUGAGGGAUGUGUUUGCAGCCGGUGACGUUGCCCAUGCAGGCUGGCCGCAUGCUCCCCACUGGUUCCAGCUGCGGCUGUGGACUCAGGCCAGGCAGAUGGCCGGCAUGGCAGCUAAAGCUAUGCAUGCACGGGUCACUGACACAGAAGUGCUACAAGACUUCUGCUUUGAACUCUUUACUCAUUGCACUACACUUUUUGGCUACAGAGUUGUACUUCUAGGAAAGUAUAAUGGACAAGGUUUGGGGACUGAUUAUGAGAUACUACUACGGACCACAGCUGGCAUGGAGUAUAUCAAAUUUGUUCUUCAGAAUGGAAGACUGCAAGGUGCUAUACUUAUUGGAGAAACAGAUUUAGAAGAAAUGUGUGAAAACCUUAUUUUGGAUCAGAUUGACUUGACACCAUUUGGAGAUGAUAUUUUAAAUCCAGACAUUGAUAUUGAUGAUUACUUUGACUAAUUUCUUAUAAAUUUACCUAAACUUUUGUUUAAAUAAAUUAUUUUUUUACAAUAA